AUGUCGAGGUUGGACACGAAGCUACGACGUAUCAGUGAACUGGAGGCCGGUAAAUUUGCUGAUAUGGUGGGCGAAGUCAUCAAGACGUAUCCAGCCAACUUCGAUUCCCUAGAUAUAUAUGUCACAGAUUACACCGAAAACCAGGACCUAUUCUACUACCAGGAUCCCUCUGAGAUGGAUCUUCCUCCUACCAAGCCGUGGCCAGGGCCAUAUGGUCAGAUGACUCUGCAAAUCCGGCUUUUCGAGCCUCACGCAUCCUUUGCCCGUCAAAACAUUCGUGAGGGUGACCUCGUACACAUUCAAAAUAUUCAUGUCAAGUACUCCGCUGCAAACCAGCUUGAAGGGGCAGUCCACCAAGAUCGCAGAUUUAUUGAUCGAAUAAAUAUUCGGAAGAUUUCGCGACAAGACCAAAUCCAGCCGAUUCGCAAGCUCAAGGCUGAAUACUUCCGACGGAGGCUUAGUCGAAGUGCUACCAUCACCGUAAAUGAGCCUAAAAAGCCUUCCGCCAAAGCAUCCGCAAAGAAGAAGGAGGAAAAGAAGGAGAGACAGCGGAUGCAGAAAGAGCAAGAACAGAAGGAGCUGGAAGAGAGAGCCAAGACACGGGCCGCUGCUCGAGCUGGCAUCAAUCCCCAUAUUCGGGCUGGCGCCUCCGAGAUUCAGCUCUCUACAAUCUCCGAGAUUAUCAACAACCCUGCCCUUAAACAGACACACCGGAGUGGUAACGUAACGACUCUACCCUUUGUUAACGCGAAAUACCGGACACAUGUGCGAGUGGUCGACUUUUCUCCGGGGUUUCUUGAACAGUUCACUCAAUCUAUGGCAAACCCUGCCUGGAACCCUGCGGUACGAAACGGAAGCCCCGGCAACAGAAUGCCAAACGACCGUUGGGAAUGGGCCUUCGUUCUCUUGGUGGAAGACGCAAAUGUUCCUGCUGGAUCGACGCCCGAGAGGCUUCGCUUGUUCGUGUCUGGACAAGACGCAGAAGUCCUUUUGGGGGGACUCAAAGCAGUAUACAGUCUCAAGGAAUAUCCUGAAGCUGUGGACAAGCUUGAAGAGAAGCUGUUCAUUAUUUGGGGUAACCUCUUUGAGCUCAAGGGUGCGUUUAGAGGGACUAACAAUACGCUUCCGCUACCAUGCGGCGAUGAGAGACUCCAAAAUACUCCUUUCGAAUGCUGUGUGGAAGAGUAUGGCAAAAGGCUUGCCCACCCAACCCCGAUCCAUCCGCAAGGUUGGCAACGAACCCACAGGCUUUUUAAGACCCAAAUUCUGGACUCUGACUCUAGUGACAACUCAGAUUGA